CACAGACGCACAGGAAGUACCCUGACAUCAUCGUCACAAUUUCGACUGUGUAAUUGUGUAAACACAAUUUGUUGUUUGGCCUGAAAAUAUUUCAAAAUAAAAAAAUACAUUUACCAAAUCUUCAGAGUUAGAAAGGUAACAUUGUGCUGGUUGCAGGUUAACAGCUCAAAGACCAGUCAGCGGAAGCUAGUUGAACGCUUGCACAGCUAGGCUAACUCACUGUUUCCACUAGCUAACUCGACGAUACCUCAAGUCCUGAAACAAACAACAAUGGACACUUUCGAAACGCCGUAUGAAGAAGAGGCUGAAUUCAUUCAAUGCAAGGUAUGUGAGAAAUCCAUAAAAGGAGAAAGCUUGUACAAGAUACACCUGACUACACCGGGACAUAUGAAGGGCUGUCUGUCAGACAACAAGCAAUACCAAUAUUUGAGAACAUUUUACAAUACCUGGAUUACAUGAAGCUUGAUGAGCCCAUCAUUGGUCUGAGCUAUUUGGAAGAGUUACCUAGUGACCCACAAACCGGUCCUAGAUACAAAUGCAAGCUUUGUCAACAGACAGCAAACCUCCCAGAAACAGUCCGACAUGUGAUUGGACGUAAACACAGACAAAAAUACGUGAAUGUGGAACGUCCGGAUUUGGUGACCUGGGAUACAGAAACUGUAAUGCACCAAGGAGGGAAGAUCAUACGAGCCAGAGCAGAGAUAAUAGAAAGACAGGAUGGACGUGGAACUCCAUCAACAUUAGCGAGAAAGAGGAAUGUUGGACCAUUAAACAUCCCAAGAGCUCCUCCAAGACAGAACCAAAAUCUUGGCCGAAACAUCCCACAGAGAACAGUCCAACGAGAUAUGCCAUCAUACCUACCACGACUCAUGGACUACCAGGAUGAGUACUAUCAACAAGGGAGGUUUCCCUCUGAGCAUCUAAACCUACCUCCAUCCCAACCAGAAGACCCUUACAUGAUGCGCACGGAAGAAGACCUGCAAAGAGUAGAUUACAGGGACAGUGAUACACGACAGUAUACAGACCCUGAUUAUCGUAGGCAGUAUGAAGGAGAACAUGUUGAAGAUCCACAAAUAAGAGCUCCACAUGUGACAGGUGGUGGUCCCCGGUUUAAUUCAAGAGAGGAGAUGGCUCAGCAAAGAGCCAGCGAUGAUUACCCAGAAGAGGAUCCUUUCAGGAGACCUUACCCACAGAGAGAUCUGCUGAAGGAGUUCUACUCUGAAGAGGUGAGGCGUCGACAGGCUCUUUCAGCCGAGUGUCAGCCUUCACAGCCAGGGAACCAAGAGGUCGGGGACCGACACUGGCCUCUGCCCCGGGACUCUGUGGCACCUGAGGGUAUGAAUAGAGCAGGUAGGCUGGGUCCAAGUGAGACAGAGACCAAGAGAAGGAGCUUUCCAACACAGAUGGAGGGUGAGCUAUCACGAGACACUUUGUUUAAUGUGACCUUAGAUUUUCUGGGUGAUAUGAGGAAACCACAUCAAGAGGAGACAAUAAUGAACCCAGGGCCAAGCAGAGUAGGACCCCCUCAACCCCCGAGGCGAGUGGAAGUGGGCAGGACUUUGUCUGACAUCCCAGAGCCAUUCAGGCGCUUCCUGAAAAGGCCCUCUGAUGAAGAGGAACAAAACGGUAAAAGGAAAAGAAAAAGUCGCUUCUCUGACGCCACUGCAGAGGAGGUGGAAACAACUAAGGAGAUGUUUAGCAAUGAUUUUGGACCUCAAAAUCCAAAGUUUGGCGGUCAUCCUAGACACACUGGUCGCCCAGGGAGACCUGAAAUCCAUGAAAUGCAACACACUAACAUGUACAUACAAUCACAGAGCACACAUCAAACUGAAAUCAACCAGGCAGAAGACUCUGAUUCAGGGGGUGUCUUUGAUAUGCUGAAAAACAUCGAAAUUGAGAAUGCAGAAGAAGCCAACUUCCUGAAAGGCAAACUUUGUGACCUUCUGAAAGAAUUCAAAAACAAAAAAUCUCAGAAAGCUACCGUGCAAAAUAGCCAAGGACGAGCAGCCAUGUCAAAAGACAUGUUCAACCAGAGCACAGAGCUGGCUCCAAAGCACCGGUAUGAGCCAGGGACAAGACAGGAUUCAGACCAUAGACGACCAGAGGAGCUCUACUACCAAGAAGAUCACAGAGGAAGAGGCAGGGAGUAUGAAGAUAUUAUACCUGAGGAGCGCCCGAAAGAAUACAACCAUCCUGUACGCGGAGAGCCCAGACAGUCGAUUAGGAGCCAGUAUGAAGAGGAUUUCGGGUGGCAGGGUUCGUCUAGGACGCCACAUGCCAGCCAUCCAGAUGAGGCAGCAUGUUAUCCUGAAAGGUUUCAAGAAGCCAGGCCCUCUCGUGACUACAGACCUGCUGCAGCCGUUGAUGACAAGUUUUUGGACUCUCAAUCUCCUGCACCUCCAACCUGCUAUGACCGAGGACUCCGGAUGGACAGGGGCCCUCGGUACUUGAAUAACCUAGACAAAAUUACCUCCACCUUGUUGGAGCUUGUGUCAAGAAAAUGAUCACCAGUUUUAUUCCAAUGUUUCUACACAUAAACAAAUAUUUACUUUCAUUGAUUUCCUCAGUUUGAAAACAUUAUAUGCUGUUAAAAAAUGCUUUAAUAUAACAGUGUUUUUGUUGUUGCUUAAGAUGUGUGGAUCAAUUGGACUUAUAGAUGUCUUUUUGUUACAGUAAAAUAUUUUAUUAUUGCAACAGUGAUGUUUUUUUAAUUGAUUUAUUACUGUUAUCACCAACAGCAAUAAUAUGAGUGAUUUUACUCUAUUUGAAUUUUUUACUGUGCAACCAUAAAUCUAUUAAAGCUUUUAUUUAAAUUGAA